AUGAAGGAGAUGCUCGGGGGUUGUUGUGUCUGUGCUGAUGAGAACGGUUGGACAGACAAUCCACUUAUUUACUGUGAUGGUCCCGGCUGUGAAGUGGCUGUACAUCAAGGCUGCUACGGUAUCCAGGAAGUGCCAGAAGGGGAAUGGCUGUGUGCCAAAUGUCAUGUUGCUGCUACCACUUACACAAAUGGGGAACUGAAUCGCAAUGGUUCUUCGAAUGGAGUGGGUCAUAGCAUAAAGGCCCGUUGUGAGUUGUGCCCGUUCAGCUACGGAGCGCUGAAACGGACCGAGCAAAAGGGUUGGGCUCAUGUUAUUUGUGCUCUUUAUAUCCCUGAAGUACGAUUUGGUGAUGUACAUAGCAUGGAUCCUGUCAUUUUGUCGGAUGUGCCCAUGGAAAGGUUCGAAAAGUUGUGUUAUAUCUGUGCAAACGCAGGCGAUUCAAGGGCUGCUCAGAUGGGAGCGUGCAUGUCAUGCAAUAAACCCGGCUGCAAGCGAGGGUUUCACGUGACCUGUGCGCAACAACGCGGUUUACUUUGCGAAGAAGGAGGCGGUAGUAAGAAUGUAAAGUACUGCGGUUAUUGUGAGCACCACCUCCGGAAGGCGGUUCGUUACCUUUCCAAUUGCUUUUUCUCGUUUCUCUCAACGUUUUCGUUGUGGUAUUGA